CGAGUAGAUAGCUGCUCGCGCGACACCCGUACAACCUAUCGCAAACAUGUCAGUUACCCUUCAUACAACGCAUGGAGACAUCAAGAUCGAAGUCUUCUGCGAGGCGGUGCCGAAGACCGCAGAGAACUUCCUAGCGCUGUGUGCGUCCAACUACUAUGACGGCUGUCUGUGGCACCGGAACAUCAAGGGCUUCAUGAUCCAGACGGGCGAUCCCACUGGCACCGGCAAGGGUGGGCAGAGCAUAUGGGGCCAACCCUAUGCCGAUGAGUUACGUUCGACGCUCAAGUUCAACAAUCGUGGCAUCGUCGCCAUGGCGAACUCUGGCCCGGACACGAACAAGUCCCAGUUCUUCAUCACAUACGCCAAACAGCCGCACCUCGAUGGCAAGUACACUAUCUUCGGCAAGGUCAUCGACGGUGCGGAGUCCACGCUGGACACCAUGGAGCGCGCACCCGUGAACCCGAAAAACAGACCGCUGACGGAGAUUAAGCUGACGCAUGUAACGAUACACGCGAAUCCUAUUGCGGACGCAGAGCUUGCUGGCCGAUGACAGUACUCGAACGUUAGCGCAUCAUUUGCUGUGUAUUGCUGUGUCCCGGCAAUGUAACUUAAGAGAACAUGUAUUGCAUGCUGUGGGGUUUCCACAGGCAGUACACACCGGAAAGAUACGCUGAUAAAUUGGACGCGAUCUCAUACUGGCAAUAUUCAAAAGGUUACUCAUGUGCAUGAAGAGAAGGGAGCACCCAUGGUCAGCUCGAUUGAUUACACAUGAAAGCAUGCUGGCAGUACUGGUAAGUAACGACCGUGGGAGGCAUGCCGGAAAGCGAGACCGGCGGGACAACGCGCGAGACAUUUACUACCACUUGUCAUCCUUAUAAGUGUAUUGACCCUAUUAUUCAUCGAAGCCAUGUUCCGCACCAAAA